UGAUUUUGCAUUUCUGGGGAAGAACUGUUAGUAAACAAAAAAAACAGUUCUCCUCCCUGUUAGCUCCUGCACACUGCUUUGCAUGGCUGUGCACAGCACAGCCAUGCAAAGCAGUGUGCUUACAGUGAAGCACACAGACACAGCCCACAUAGUAAAACAGCACACAGCACAAAGUUAACCCUCUGAUUGCCCCAGAUGUUAACCCCUUCUUGCCCAGUGACAUUAGUACAGUGUCCGUGCUUUUUAUUAGCACUGAUCACUGCAUUGGUGUCACUGGGGAUGUCAGUGACACCAAUUCAGUUCCUCCCAGUGUCAGAAUGCCCGCCGCAGUCCCGCUAU